CUAUUAUUUUCAUCCUUCACUAACAAAUAUCACAUUUGAAUACAAUGGAUUCCAAAAAUGCAAUCCUCAUCCUUGGCCUUUUGGCCAUGUUUCUUUUUAUUUCUUCAGAAGUGUCAGCUAGGGACUUAUCCGAGACUUCAACUAAUACCAAAGAUGAGGUUGUUGAAAAGUCAGAUGAAUUAAAUGAUGCUAAAUAUUACGGUGGAGGCUACAACCAUGGUGGAGGCGGCGGUUACAACGGUGGUGGAGGAGGCUACAACCAUGGUGGAGGCGGCGGUUACAAUGGUGGUGGAGGAGGCUACAACCACGGUGGUGGUGGAGGAUACAAUGGUGGCGGAGGAGGAUACAACCAUGGUGGUGGUGGUGGUGGAUACAAUGGUGGCGGAGGAGGAUACAACCAUGGAGGUGGUGGUUACAACGGUGGUGGAGGAGGAUACAACCAUGGAGGUGGUGGUGGUUACAAUGGUGGUGGUGGUUAUCGUGGUGGAGGUGGACAUGGUGGUAGUUCCGACAAUGGUAACUGAUUGUAUCAUCAUGCAUGCAUGUAUUAAGUGUAAUAAAUAAUGUUGAGUGUUCAACAAAAGAGUAAAGAUAAAUCACUAUGUAUAUGUGAAGAUGAGUUUGAAAUCGAGUCAAAGUGGUGUAUGUCUUUUCAUGUGUACUUAAUCAAAUAUCAUCCUUGUUAGUA